GUCAUUCCCCCUCUCCGACGCUCGCCUGUCGCUGUAAUGCAGUGCGGAGCUCGGAGGUGGCUGGGAGGCUGGUCGCUGCUGGUCGCUGGGGGAAAUAUUGCACAUUAGCGCAGGAUUGCCUUUUCGCUCAUCAGAGAUAACAAUCGGAGUGGUGCGUUCCUUGAAGGAGUCGGAUCUGUGCACAGGGUGGACAAGAACUGCAGCAGAGAUCCGUCUUUUUAUUUCCUCCUCUUAGUUUUAGUGGUGCAGUAUGAAGUGCAGUUAUGGCAAGAAGAGGUAAGACAGCUGUGAGGACACUGGAAGAUUUGACCCUGGAUUCUGGUUAUGGUGGGGCUGCCGAUUCCAUCAGGUCCUCCAACUUGUCCCUGUGUUCAGAUUCUCACCCGGUAGCUUAUGCCCAUGGAGGAAACUGCUGGCUUCUAACUGACUCCAUGCACAGUAGACACAACAGCUUUGACACGGUCAAUACUGUCCUGGCUGAAGACUCUGAGGUCCUGGACUGCUCAGGACAGUGCUCCAGGCUGCCUGACCUUGAGGAAGUCCCCUGGAGCCUUGAAGAGGUGGAGGCUCUUCUGAAGAAAGAGCAGAUCCUGACCGGCGCCAACAGAGAUGCCCUUUCCAAGUUGUCCACCCUGGUCAGCAGGUCCCUGGUCCGAAUUGCCAAAGAGGCUCAGCGCCUAAGCCUUCGCUUCGCCAAAUGCACCAAGUACGAGAUCCAAAGUGCCAUGGAAAUCGUGUUGGCCUGGUCCUUGUCUUCCGCUUGCACCGCCUCAGCCCUCGGCGCCCUCUCCCUCUACAACAUGAGCACGGGCGACCGGCUCAGCCGGGGCAAGUCGGUCCGAUGCGGCCUCACCUUUUCCGUCGGGAAGUUCUACAGGUGGAUGGUGGACAGCAGAGUGGCGCUGAGGAUCCACGAACACUCCGCCAUCUACCUGACGGCCUGCGUCGAGACCCUCUUCAAGGAGAUCUGCAAGAGGGUCCUCGCCAUGCCUCGCCCCGAAAAGGAGAACGAGGCGCCCAACUUUACGGCAGAAUCCCUGGAGCAAGCAAUUAACAACGAUUCCGAGCUAUGGGGUUUACUGCAGCCUUACCAGCACCUUAUAUGCGGUAAAAAUGCAAGUGGAGUCCUCUGCCUUCCAGACAGUUUGAACCUCCAUAGAGAGCACCAAAGACCCAAUAAACCAGGUGAUGUACAGAUGUUUAGCCAAUCAGAACUGAGGACUAUAGAGCAGUCUUUGCUUGCCACACGUGUGGGAAGUAUUGCAGAGCUCAGUGACCUGGUGUCUCGGGCAAUGCAUCACCUCCAGCCCCUCAACAUAAAGCAGCAUGGUAACGGCACGCCAAUGCACCACAAGCAGGGGCCCCUGUACUGGGAGCCAGAAGCCCUUUAUACUCUCUGUUACUUUAUGCACUGUCCACAGAUGGAGUGGGAAAAUCCAAACGUGGAACCGUCCAAAGUCACGCUUCAGACGGAAAGGCCGUUCCUAAUGCUCCCACCCCUGAUGGAAUGGAUACGAGUAGCUGUGGCUCAUGCCGGAUACCGCCGAAGUUUCUCUGUGGAUAGCGAUGAUGUACGACAGGCCGCACGCCUCCUGCUUCCAGGAGUGGACUGUGAGCCACGGCAGCUAAAGGCUGACGACUGUUUUUGUGCGUCUCGCAAACUAGACGCAGUGGCCACAGAGGCCAAGUUUAAACAAGACCUUGGAUUUAGAAUGUUGAACUGUGGCAGGACGGAUCUAGUCAAGCAAGCUGUGACUCUGCUCGGCCCUGAAGGAAUUAAUAGCAUGAGCGAGCAAGGAAUGACCCCACUGAUGUACGCUUGUGUGAGAGGCGAUGAAGCGAUGGUGCAGAUGUUAUUAGACGCUGGGGCGGAGCUCAAUGUUGAGGUCCCAAGUACGGCACAUAAAUACCCAUCUGUCCACCCAGAAACACGCCACUGGACAGCCCUGACGUUUGCAGUCCUUCAGGGCCACAUUCCUGUUGUACAGUUACUUUUAGAUGCAAGUGCCAGUGUAGAAGGAUCUUUAGAUUCUGGGGAGGAGAAUUAUUCAGAAACUCCUUUACAGUUGGCGGCUGCAGCAGGAAACUUUGAGCUUGUGACUUUGCUGCUAGAACGAGGAGGAGAUCCCAUGAUAGGCACCAUGUACAGAAAUGGCAUUUCUUCAGCCCCUCAAGGAGACAUGAACUCUUAUAGCCAGGCUGCUGCACAUGGGCACAGGAAUGUUUUUCGUAAGCUGCUUUCCCAGCCUGAAAAGGAGAAGAGUGAUAUCUUAUCUCUGGAGGAGAUUCUAGCGGAAGGAUCGGAUUUGGCCGAGACGGCAAACACUCCAUUGUGUCCAAGCCGAAACAGCAAAGCCAAACUGAAGGCCCUGAAGGAGGCCAUGUACCACAGUGCAGAACACGGAUAUGUGGAUGUGACCAUUGAUAUCAGGAGUUUGGGUGUCCCUUGGACUCUUCACACAUGGCUGGAAUCUCUGCGGAUUUCAUUCCACCAGCACAGGCGUCCAUUAAUCCAGUGUUUGCUUAAAGAGUUCAAGUCUAUUCAGGAGGAGGAAUAUACAGAGGAACUGGUGACACAAGGGCUGCCACUCAUGUCUGAGAUAUUAAAAGCUAGCAAGAACGAGGUGAUCAGUCAGCAGCUAGCUGUCAUCUUCAGUCAGUGCUAUGGACCAUACCCUAUCCCAAAGCUGACAGAGAUAAAGCGAAAACAGACAUCCAGGCUGGAUCCUCAUUUUCUCAACAACAAGGAGAUGUCAGACAUCACAUUUAUUGCUGAAGGAAGGCCUUUUUAUGCACACAAAGUGUUGUUGUUUACAGCAUCCCCAAGGUUUAAAGCACUUCUUACAAACAAGUCUACUACAGAAAACAACUGUAUUGAAAUCAACUAUGUAAAGUAUCACAUCUUUCAGCUGGUCAUGCAGUACCUGUAUUACGGAGGCACAGAAUCACUUCUCAUUAAAAAUAAUGAAAUCAUGGAGCUGUUGUCAGCCAGUAAAUUUUUUCAAUUAGAAGCUUUGCAACGCCACUGUGAAAUAAUCUGCGCGAAAAGCAUUAAUACAGAAAACUGUGUGGAUAUUUAUAACCAUGCCAAGUUCCUCGGUGUUCCUGAGCUCUCGUCCUACUGUGAAGGCUUCUUUUUGAAAAACAUGAUGCUUCUCAUCGAAAACGAAGCCUUUAAACAACUCUUGUAUGAUAAGAACUGUGAGACAACAGGCCAGGAUGUACUAGGCGAAUUACAAAGGACGUUGGCGACACGGAUACAGUCUAUUCAUCUGUCUUCUUCCAAAGGGUCUAUAGUAUAGAAUCAGAAGCUGCCAGGAUGGACAGUGUACUGUAUUAGCUCACAAAGGGUCCUGUGAAGAUAACAAGACUUUCACUAAACUCGAUAUCCUACUUUUCUCUGAUGGCUUAAGGCAGAAACUUCAAAACUUCCAGCUUGAAAAAAAAUAUAUAUAAAAAAACAUAGAAAAUAUAAUUUCUAUUUUUUUUAAAGACACUGCAAAAAAGGAUGACUGAAUAUUUUCGAAGGGAAAAACAUGAUGGCUUUGAUGUAUAACCAAGCAAAAAAAUUCAUAAAUAAAAACCUACUUAAGAAAAUAUAUAUGGAAAGAACUAAAAAAAAAAUAAAACAAUAUGUUCGUAGAUGUCAAACUAAAUACCCUAUUUAAAGGUGAUAUUUUCCUUAGCAUUAUGCAGCUCUGACGUAUGUUUUUGAAUCUAGGAAUUAAAAAAGAGAGAAACAGUAUAUAAAAAAAUCAGUUUAUCAAGAUGGAAAAUUAAGACAGUACAGUCUGAAGCAGGAAGAUUUUUAAGAGUGAGACUUUUUAAAAAUUUAUUAAAUACUGGGGUGGCCUUGUAGGUUAAAAAAAAAAAAGACUUUUCUUAUCCUCUGUAUUUUAUUUCUCAAAAAGUUGUAAUUAAUGUACGAACGUUAUUUCUUUUAAUCCUUCCUGUCUAUUCAACGCCUUGGUACCAAUUUCUGUGAACUCUGUAUGAUUGAAUUGUCAUCCUUUUAAUUCAAACGGCUGCUUCUUUCUGGACGAAGAAGAAACAAGUUUCAAAAACAGGCGUGAAGUCAUUAUUAUUGGUGAUAGAGAAACAAAGUUUCGAAGGGUUUCAAAAAUUGGCAUGUCGGUAGUUACUUUGAACAAAUUAAGCAAAUUCUGAUUUGCAUGAUUAUUGUGUAUCAUUUUUUUGCCAAAAAAAAAAUCUGCAGUUAAUCGUCCAUUUGUGAAGUUCACACUGCACAUGCCCAAUUUUGUUUCACUGUGAAUAUGUUAAAUUGAUUGUAGAUGUUAGUUUUUACAUGACAUAGUAAAAAAUGGUGCAAAAGUU